CCUUGGGUCCAAAAGAUGACCCAUAGGCGCCAUAAGGCUGCAUCUCAGAGUGCAAGUGAAGCGAGACUGGAACCUCAAAUUUUCAUCAGAAGAUGAUAAAGUGGCUAUUUUGUAAUUAGUUUUCACUCCCAUGAGUAAAGCAAACAAACCAAAUCAACUUUACUCUCUCUCUCUCUUCUCCAUCAGAAGCAGAAUAUGCAAGGAUCUCUUCUUCUCUUUGAAAUAUAUGAUGGGCAGCUGCUGCAGAUUAGAAAGUCGGUCUUUUACCAACUCAUCAAUUCCUCAUCCUUCAACAGCAAAUCCAAUUAAUAAAGGUUUUUAUGUGGAAGGAAUAGCAGGAGCAACUUAUCAAGUAUCACUAACACCAGCAGCAGCAUCAACUCUCACUUCUCAUACUGUCAGGAGGGGUGCAGUAAGAACUAGAGUAUCUAAAUCGGACUCGCCGAGACUAAAUUCCAAGAUUGCAAAUUUAUCUGCUACAAGGAAGGAAAGAGUCAAGUUACCAAAGAUUAAUUAUGAUGAGGAGAAGGUGGAUGAAAGGAGGUUGUACACGAUCAGUGAAUUUCUUAGCCAUCCAUCCGGAGUUGAGGCCAUAUUGAACACGAAUGCAAUGCAGAACUUCGAGUCCUUGGAUGCUAACACUUACAGAUGUGCUUUGCCUGGAAUUCAACUUUUGAACUUUGAUGUAUCCCCUGUGUUGGAUCUGCGAGUAAUCCCAACAACUGAAGAUUGUAUUGUUGAGAUGUUAUCUUGCAAGUUUGAGGGUUCACAAGUCACCAGAAGCCUCAACGAUCAUUUUUCAGCAUCCAUGAAGAAUCAUAUAACAUGGGAUGAUGCAAGUGCUUCAGAACCAUAUUUGUAUAUUGAUGUUCAAGUGGAAAUCUCUCUUGAGAUUUACACACAGCCAUUUACUAUGCUGCCGACAUCAGCUGUUGAAAAGCCUGGAAAUUUGGUUGUGCAAACUUUGGUUGAUAGGCUCGUUCCACUGCUCCUCCAGCAGCUACUUCAAGAUUACGAGAAAUGGGUUCAAGAUCGGAAACAAUGUUCAAAAAUUUCCUCCUAAAUCUGAAGGUGGUCUUCCCUUGCACCUUCAAAACUGAGAUUUGUUUAGGGCCUCAAGAGAUCACAUUGAUUCAACUUCAGUAGAGUGGUAACUCCUUGGACUGAAUAAGUCUGAUGCAAUUCGCGUAUCUUCUGCGAGUGCAACUGAAGAAGGUGCAGGAUGUACUACGACAAAUAUAAAGCCAUGGCUCUCUGCUCUGUAUGUUAGAAACUUAUAGCCACAAAAGCCUGAAUAAUGCUCUGUAUAUUACAAACUUAUAGCCACAAAUGCCUGAAUAAUGUCUGUAUUAUACUGUAUUUGACACAGAUCAUCCCCUCAAGUUUGCAAUGAAGGAAUAACAUCUUUAUUUUACA